CCCUGCUCGCCUUGCAGCAGAGCGAGUGUGCAAAAGUUCAGUUGCCGGCCCGCCGCGUGGCUGGGGGAAGCAUCGGGGUGAGGGUUGAUUCACUGCCCUCCGUCGUAAAUAAGCCCCGUUAACCAUGGAGCCCGCUUGUUUCCUUCCGCCUCACGCGUUCCACGGCAGUGUUCUGAGCUCGGAUUUAUACAAGCCUCCGUCGCCUACGAUCGCUUUGCCUAAAACCGACCGGAUGGAGCAGCCUAAGGCAGCCGAACCGACCCGGAUCAUCACCGACUCGGUGACUGGGAGGGCUUAUAGCAAAGGCCGUUUGCUUGGCAAGGGUGGGUUUGCAAGGUGUUAUGAAGUGACAGACCUCUCUAGCAACAAGACCUAUGCAGUGAAGGUCAUUCCUCACAGCAGAGUGGCUAAACCACACCAACGGGAAAAGAUAAUCAAUGAAAUUGAGCUCCACAGAGACCUGCACCACAAACACAUUGUGAAGUUCUCGCAUCAUUUUGAAGAUACAGAUAACAUCUAUAUCUUCCUUGAGCACUGCAGCAGAAAGUCUUUGGCUCAUAUUUGGAAAUCCCGGCACACUCUUCUAGAGCCAGAGGUGCGAUAUUACCUCAAACAAAUAAUCUCUGCCUUGAAGUAUCUCCACCUUAAGGGUAUCUUGCACAGGGACCUCAAGCUGGGUAACUUUUUCGUCAAUGAAAACAUGGAACUGAAAGUUGGAGACUUUGGUUUGGCUGCCCGACAGGAGCCUGCAGACCAGAGGAAAAAGACUAUCUGUGGUACCCCAAACUACCUUGCCCCAGAAGUGCUACUCCGACAAGGACAUGGACCAGAGUCAGAUGUGUGGUCUUUAGGUUGUGUCAUGUAUACUUUGCUGUGUGGAAACCCCCCUUUUGAGACAUCUGAUCUCAAGGAGACCUAUAAGUGCAUCAAGCAUGUAUCGUUUACACUCCCAGCAUUCCUUUCCAUACCAGCCAAGAAUCUGCUUGUGGGCAUCUUGAAACGCAACCCACAGGAACGCUUGACACUGGAGGAGAUCUUGGAUCAUGAGUUCUUCACCAAAGGCUACACGCCUGAUAAGCUCCCACCCAGCAGCUGUGUGAUGGUGCCAGAACUGAACCCCCCCAACCCUGCCAAGAGCUUGUUUGUAAAGGUCACAAGGACACUCUUUGGGAAAAGGAAGUCCAAAGUUAAGAAAGCUUCCUCGGAAGAAAGAGAUGAUAUCUCCAAGUUGGUAACAGGCCUUGUGAAGACCUCAAUCUGUAGGCAACUGAGCCAUAAAACUGUGGAAGGGAAUGAGGUCACCCCCUUGAAUGCUCUGAGUCCUAAUUCCAGCCCUGCAGAGACAGUAGCAGAGGAGGGUUCACACAAGUCUAUCUCCAAGUCCAUCCGUGGGACUAUGGCUAGUAGUUGCGAAGUAUUUGAAGACUGUGUUACGGCAUCAGCUGUCAUUGAAUCUGCCGUUGGGCUCCUGAAGAGCUGUGUGUCUCAUAUGCCACCAGCUGAGAAGAAUCCUGCUUCCCUGGCCUGCCAUGAGCACUUUGUUUGGGUGAGCAAGUGGGUGGACUAUUCCAACAAGUAUGGCUUUGGCUACCAGCUCUCCAACCGCAGCAUUGGUGUUCUGUUCAAUGAUGGAACUCACAUUAUCCUCUCUGCCAACUGGAAGAAAGUACAUUACAACUUGACCAACAGCAAGCAUUUCUCCUUCCCAGCUUCAGCAGUUCCCGAACAGCUACAGGGACAGAUGAGUGUCUUGCAGUACUUUGCUUCAUAUAUGGAGCAGCAUCUCAUGAAGGGAGGAGACUUGCCCAGCAUAGAUGAGAUUGGACAGGUGCCAUUGCUACUCCUACAAUGGGUGAAGACUGACCAGGCCUUACUGAUGCUCUUCAGCAAUGGAACCUUGCAGGUAAACUUCUAUAAUGAUCAUACCAAGGUGAUUUUUAGCAAACCUGAUAGCUCCUGCCUCAUCACCUACAUAAACCGUGAUAGGAAUUCCUACACCUACAAGCUCAGCAGUAUUGCAGAACUUGGCUGUUCCCCAGAGCUUCAGCGUCGGCUCAAGUACAUCCUUAAGCUGCUACAAGAGCGAGCAGAUGCUUGAAAGCUAGAGGGUAGACCUUCUGUCUUCUUGAACUUCUGCUCUUCCACAAACUGUUACCUUCAUGACAAAUGAGAUGCAACUAUAGACGCCACCACACUUCUCCCACAGUGGAUGACUAAUCUUUUAGAAGGGGAAAAUACUUCAAAACCAAAACUGCACAGAUAUAGCUCUGGGCAGCUUAUCUUCAGGAUUCAUCAGCCUCUGGAUGCCUACCACCAACUGCCUCUUUCAACAAAAGGAUUUUCACUUUGCUUUGACAUGACUGCGCCAGUCCACAGUGGAGAGGAGGUGCAGGGGUGGAAGUUAAAUGCCUUAAGUCUACUCCUGUGUGACUAUUGCACACUUGGAUAUGCACAUGGUUGCGGGCAGGGGUGUGUGCAGGUGGAGAGGGGGAAGAAUCUGUGCUCUGUAUGGGGAACAAUUGACUACAGUAGGGGGAAAUGCCCAGACAAACCUUUUUAAGAAGUUGGUUGCUGGGGUUUUUGUCCAGUGCCUAACGCCAAACACUUGGUAUAGAUCAGAUCUUGGUGUAGAGCUUGGCAUCUCAGAGGUGGAUGGGUGGACUGGCUUGUGUAUGAGUGCAACAUUAAAAUGGCUUUAACAAUGAGCUGGUUCAAGCACUCACAGCACGGUCAUUAGCUGCCCAUGGGCUGUCUUGUGCUACUUGAAGUUGCAUCGCUUGCCAGUCCUUGCUAGGCCUAUGAGUCAGAGCCAAGCAAGAAAGCUGUGAAUUGGGAGUGUCUGGGGCCACCCAGGAAAGAGGGGAGGACGCCUUUGCAGCAGAGCAGCUGUAGCAUAGAUGACCUCUCUGCAGAGUGGUAGGCAGUCGGGGAAAUGGCUUCCUUGCCUAGCUUGGAACUGCUAACAGUUAAGAUGUUUGGGAGACUGUUGCUGGCUGUCUCCCAAGGCUGGCAGGGAAGACUUGCUGCAGCUCCUAGUUUCAAAGGAGUUGGGGAUAUGAGUGUUUAGUCUUCAGCCUUAGAUCAGGGUCAAUUCAGGCUUCUAGUGCUGCUGUUUUGCACUUGAGGCUGUGAUGGUACUUGUUGCAUAAUGGAACUGUUACACUAAUUAGGCAAAUGGGGCUUAUUUUGUGUGUGUGCUGAGACUGUGAACCUCCCUAUCUUGCCUCAGUUUUUCAGCUGCUUUCAUUCCAAGAUGCAAUAGAGGGAUUCUAUAACUUUGCUUGGUACAGACUUGAACAGCUUAAAUAAAAGCUGCACACUUGGUGUUUGAACUUGAUAGACUGUUGGAGUCUAAAUGGUGUAAACAUCCAAUGAGAUUUAUUUAUGUAUUUAUAUGAACUAUUUAUUUUGCACCUGUGUCCUAUCAAUCAUGCACACCAUGUCUCCAAAACUAAGCAGUUUGGUUACAAUAAAUUUCCUUUUUAAUAAAAGUAAAGGUCAGUA